AUGGCCUUUGUCCCUGCACCGGGCUACCAGCCCACCUACAACCCGACGCUGCCCUACAACCAGCCCAUCCCGGGCGGGCUCAGUGCUGGCAUGUCCGUGUAUAUCCAGGGAGUAGCAAAACAGAACAUGAAACGGUUCCAUGUGAACUUCCUGGUGGGGCAGGACCCAGAGGCUGACAUCGCCUUCCACUUCAACCCCCGCUUCGAUGGCUGGGACAAGGUGGUGUUCAACACGAAGCAGGGCGGCAAGUGGGGCGCUGAGGAGAAGAAGAGGAGCAUGCCCUUUAGCAAAGGCAACCACUUUGAGCUGGUGUUCAUGGUGCUGGAUGAGCACUACAAGGUGGUGGUCAACGGAACACCUUUCUACGAGUACGGGCACCGGCUGCCCCUGCAGAUGGUCACGCACCUGCAGGUGGACGGGGAUUUGGAGCUCCAGUCCAUCAACUUCCUUGGCGGCCAGGUGUGUGUAGUCCCCACCCUUCCUCAAUCCAGACCCAUGACCACACCGGCUUAUCCGGGUCCAGGAUUUGGUCCUGGGUAUGGUCCUGGAUAUGGUCCCCCACAAAUGAGCAGCUUACCUACCAUGGAGGGACCCCCAGUCUUCAACCCGCCUGUGCCUUACACAGGGAGACUGCAGGGGGGACUUACGGCAAGGAGAACCAUCAUCAUCAAAGGCUACGUACCACCCUCUGGCAAGAGCUUUGCCAUCAACCUGAAGGUGGGCUCCUCGGGGGACCUGGCCCUGCACAUUAACCCCCGCAUGGGCGAGGGCGCGGUGGUCCGCAACAGUCUUCUCAAUGGCUCCUGGGGCUCCGAGGAGAGGAAGAUUUCCUACAACCCCUUUGGCCCUGGCCAGUUCUUUGAUUUGUCCAUUCGCUGCGGCCUGGAUAGGUUCAAGGUUUACGCCAAUGGGCAGCAUCUCUUCGACUUCUCACAUAGGCUCUCCUCCUUCCAGAGGGUGGACAUGCUAGAAAUCCAUGGUGAUGUCACCUUGUCCUAUGUCCAGAUCUAA